AUGGCCGGGUCCGAGGCGACUCCCCCGAGAGGGGCGGGAUCGGGUUUCGGGCAGUGGGCGGGGCCUCGCCGAGGACCCUGGGCUGGGCGCCUCCGCCGGUUCGUCUACCCUUCCCCUCGGCCGCCUCCUUUCAACCUUGUCCGCCGGUUGGCGCGGUCUCCGUCACAGCGGCGGCCGCUCCUGUCUAGGCCAUGUGCGGCGCUGCCCUUCCUCCCGGCUCCCGGCCUGCAGCCCUCGGCCGCCCGGGCCCGGCCUGGCUGUCAGAUCCCAGGUCGGCGGCCCGGGCCCGGCCUGGCUGUCAGAUCCCAGAAUUCAUCCUGCCUUGUUUUUGCUGUCCGGCAUGCCAGUUCUUCCACGAAUUUGAAAGAUGUACUGAGCAAUCUGAUACCUAAGGAGCAGGCCAGAAUUAAAGCCUUCAGACAGCAACAUGGGAAGACGGUGGUGGGCCAGAUCACUGUGGACAUGAUGUAUGGUGGCAUGAGAGGCAUGAAAGGACUUGUGUAUGAAACAUCAGUUCUUGAUCCUGAUGAGGGCAUCCGUUUCCGAGGCUACAGUAUCCCUGAAUGCCAGAAACUGCUGCCUAAGGCUAAGGGUGGGGAAGAACCCCUACCUGAGGGCUUACUCAGUGCAGCCAUCACAGCCCUCAACAGUGAGAGUAACUUUGCCCGGGCAUAUGCAGAGGGGAUCAACCGAACCAAGUACUGGGAGUUGAUUUAUGAAGACUGUAUGGACCUAAUUGCCAAGCUACCUUGUGUUGCAGCAAAGAUCUACCGGAAUCUUUACCGGGAAGGCAGCAGCAUUUUCACUGAGCUUAUGCGUUUGUACCUCACCAUUCACAGCGACCAUGAGGGUGGUAAUGUAAGUGCCCACACAAGCCACCUGGUGGGCAGUGCCCUUUCAGACCCUUACCUGUCCUUCGCAUACUAUGGCAUGACGGAGAUGAACUACUACACAGUCCUGUUCGGAGUGUCGAGGGCACUGGGUGUGCUGGCACAGCUCAUCUGGAGCAGAGCCCUAGGCCUACCUCUAGAGAGGCCCAAAUCCAUGAGCACGGACGGUCUGAUGAAGCUGGUGGACUCUAAGUCAGGGUAAAACGGGAGAUUGGGGACAUGGCUAAGAAAAUGAGGAAGCUUACAAAUAAAGUAUAAUUUUGUUUUGUUUCAGGGGCCUUUAAGACUUAAGAUUAAACUGUUUCUGAGGCACUGAAAAUACAUUUGAAGUUAAAAUAUAAAUUAAGAGUUAAAAGAUGAAAAGCGACCCCUUCUUCCCUCACCAGCUCACUUCCCUACCUGGUAUGAGUUGUCCACCAACUGUAGGAUAACCAGGACUAAUGCAUGAGGUCAGGGUUAGAUCUGGCUGCCCACCAUCUCUAGAGUGAGAGUCUGGCUCCUCUUCUUUAGGUCAAAGCAGGUUACAGAAAAGCUGCAGUCACCCUGUGAAGCUUUUGCUUCUACUCCACCAGCCCUCCAAACCACUGGGGCCGGGCCGGGUCCUUUUGUCACUGUAGGGGUCAUGUGGGUGUCAGCUGUGUCCGACCCAUUUGCCUUUUCCUGUGUGUGCAAGAUCUACUGGUUAGCGGGAAACACUUUGGCAACUUUUUUGCUAUGGUCGGGUGACCAUCAACGGCAUGGUAUUUAUUGUAACUGGUACCGAGCAUUUAAUUCUAUUUCUCUUUUUAAAUUAUACCAUUAACGUUGAAGUCUGGGAGUGUUCUGUUUCCUUCCAGGCUUCCUACACCUGCUGUGCCUCAGCGGAGGAUGCUCUGGGUCUCCUGUCCUAGCCUCUGCUAGAGUCCUCUUAGCAGGUCUUGAUCUGUGGUCUUCCCAGUCAUUUGGCUCUAUCAGUACUUAAUGUGAACUAGGCCUUUACUUCAUGGAACAUAAGCCACUCUCUUCUGACCUUGUUUUCCCUGUUAAUAUGCUCUGGCACACAGAACAAGGGCUCAGGAAUGACCAGCCCCUUCAUGGUCUGGUCCCAGGGGUUCUAGCUUUCUUUUUGAACAGAAAAAUGACUUGCAAUUGAAUAUAGUUCCCUUUGAAUAUCAGUUGGACUAGGUCUGCGGGAAUUCAAAACAGUGAGCCUUCUCAUCCCCUGCGCCAAGGACAUGUCCCUUUAUUUAUCGAUGUCUUUCUCUUGCUCUUUCCUUAAGAGCUCACAGUAUGGUGUUUAUUUUAGCAGCCCCAAUUUGCACAGAUUUUCAGUGACUCAGAAUGCUCCACUGCCCUUUCUUUGGGAAAGGGUUGAGAUACACUCCUGUUGUGCCCCUCCUUACCCCAGACUCCUGCCUGUGUUUGUGUGGAACCCAGACCCCAGGGCCACACUGCUGAGAUGGACACACUGUAACCCCUGGGUAACUGUUAAGUCAUGAUGCAGACUUCAGGUUGUUCUGUAUAAAAUGAAAAAUAAUAAAUGUUUUUAUUAACAAUG